UGUGGGUCCGCUGCGAGCCUGCGCCCGCCCGGUGCCAGCCGCGGGCGGCGAGGGGCGUCCUCCCGGGGGCGUGGCCGGGGGUCGGGCACGGCUGUGGGGUUGGCACAGUGCAGCCCUAAAACCUGAAGCUGUGGCCGCGUCCCGCGCGGGCUCCUGCUAAUGCGCCCGGGACAGCGGUGGAGGCUGGGCCCCUGCGCCCGCGUGGGAGCCCGGGCUUCGGCCUGGCCCAGCCCCGGCUGUGGAGGUCAUCUGGGGAGGGAACCAGCGGAUGGAACUUGCGAGCGCGCGCCUCUCCGUAGCUCCGCCUUGCAAUGCCCGCGAUGCAUGCAGUGCGAUGCCAAGUUUGACUUCAUCACCAGGAAGCACCACUGCCGCCGCUGCGGCAAGUGCUUCUGCGACCGGUGCUGCAGCCAGAAGGUGGCGCUGCGGCGCAUGUGCUUCGUGGACCCCGUGCGGCAGUGCGCGGCCUGCGCCCUGGUGUCCCACAAGGAGGCCGAGUUCUACGACAAGCAGCUCAAAGUGCUGCUGAGCGGAGCCACCUUCCUUGUGACUUUUGGAAACGCGGAGAAAGCGGAAACCAUGGUUUGUCGUCUGUCCAGCAAUCAGAGGUACUUGUUUCUGGAUGGAGACCGGCACCACGAAGUCGAGAUCGCACGCGUGUGCUCCGUGCACACCCUCACGGAAGGCUUCCCCCCUGGAGACAGACACACUCACACUUACACCAGCCUCCUGGGGAGCCCGCCCGCCUCUGCAGGAGGCAGCGCGCGCGCUGCGGGCAUGUGCCUGCAGUACACGGUGCCGGGUGAGGCGCGCGUGACCCAGCUGAAGCUGACGGCUGCGGAGGACAGCAGCGCCAGCAGGAGGCAGGCACUGGCAUGGCUGGCAGCCAUGCACAAGGCUGCCAAGCUUCUCUACGAAUCCCGGGACCAGUAAGCCCACUCGUGAGCUGAGCUCAGAGCGCGUCUGGCCACCAGGCAGGACGGAGCCGCUGUGCCCUGCACACCCCCGGGCCCCUCACCGGGCGGUGCUUCCCCGAGCUACACUGCUGCUGAGCGUGCUCUGUGCUGGCGCCUGCAGACGGUCCUGUGCCGCGGGGCCAGCUUCCUCUUUCUACUUCAUGCACACGACUGUAGAGCCAUUUGUAUACGAUGCUUUAUGAUUAAAACUAUUUUGCAAGUACA